CCACCUUUACGCUAGACAUACCACACUAUUGGCUCGACGUCACUACUGAGCUCGUGAGACCGGCCCACGGUUCUUGACCCGUCUUAUUGAACCUCCUCGGAGACAGCUGACGGUUGGCGACCGGCGACCAUAGACGACAACUACAAAAGCUCAACCAUGGAACUGAAGUAGACUCAUCUUGAUGAUGACUAAACAUAUAACCAAAUUCAGUGAUCAUUUACAAAUCUCACUUCGAAUUUCAAGUUUUUUCUUCAAAGAAUUCGAAUCGUUUGUCCAAUAAAUUCACUUUAUUUCCCGAUGUACACAUAUGUAUGUGCAUUUUCUUCCCUUGCAGCUGUAGAUCAUCUUCAUCAUCAGUCAAUCAAUUGAUGGAAGAUACACUCCAUGUAGCAAUGCUGGAGUUUUUUGCUUGUAACUCGAAGAAGACACCUCACUACAGGCACUCUCGUUAGUAGAAUUGAUAUGUGAAGUUGACUGAAUCGUUAACUUAUGGUUGAUCGUAAUCACUGUUCUUCUCAAUUGAUUAAAGUUCAAGCUAAUUUUUGGUUCUCUUAACUUGAUUUCCUUGCUGUUAUAUCUCAUAUAGCCAAGAUCUUUGAACUUCCCUUCAUUUGCAGUAUGUCAAAUGUCAUAAAUUUUGUCUAGGGUUUCUUCUGUUCUGUUUACCUUUGUAAUGUCAUGUUGAUUUCGAACAUCAACUUGGAACAUCACAUAGGUUAUAUGGUAUCAUUUUACAGGACUUCAGAUACAUACACCAUCAUUCUUUUCAGAGUUAUUACUUCAUUUAACAAACUCUUCUGCUUUCCUUCUUAGUUUAAUACAUAGACAAUCGACAUGACUGGAGUAGAGACAAAAGAAACUCGCAAGAAUAUUGGAAAAUUGUUGCAUUCAAAAUGCAGCACACAAAAGCUACAUACAAAGCGAUCAAGAAAACCAAAAACUCCAAUGUCAAAGGAAAAGCUUGUUGAGUUUUUAACCAACAGCAAAAGGAACGACUUCAAAUGCAGAAAUGCCUCUCAUAAAACAAUCAAAUCCUUGAUUAAUCCAUCAAUAACAACUUUCCAAAAUCAAGAAGAAACUGCAAAAUGUGAAAAUACAGAUCUCACUUCAGAGAAGCUUAAGAAGAGAAGAAAACGAAAGAGGACAAAAAACAAAGUUGAGGUUGAUGAAGCUUCUAGGCUGCAAGGGCGUACAAGGUACCUUCUCUUUAAAAUGAGAAAGGAACAGAACCUUCUAGAUGCAUACUCAACUGAAGGCUGGAAAGGUCAGAGCCGAGAAAAGAUAAAGCCAGAAAAAGAACUUCAAAGGGCCAAAAAACAGAUUCUGAAAUGUAAACUUGGACUCCGUGAUGCCUUACGCCAGCUGGACUUACUUAGCACAGAUGGACGCAUUGAUGAAUCUGUUAUAGCUCCAGAUGGAUCCAUACACCAUGACCAUAUACACUGUGCAAAGUGUAAGCUGAGGGAAGCAUUUCCAGAUAAUGACAUUAUACUCUGUGAUGGGACUUGCAACUGUGCAUUUCAUCAAAUGUGCAUUGACCCUCCACUUUUAACUGAAAACAUUCCUCCAGGAGACCAAGGGUGGUUUUGUAAAUAUUGCAUUUGUAAGACUGAUAUCAUAGAUGCAAUGAAUGCACAGCUUGGAACUAGCUAUUCCAAUGACAUCAAUUGGCAGGAGGUGUUCAAGGUUGAGGCUACAUUACCUGAUGGUGGUGAAACUCUACUUAAUCAAGAAGAUUGGCCUUCUGAUGAUUCUGGGGAUGAUGAUUAUGAUCCAGAAAGAGUUGAAAAACAUGAAAGUAGUUGUAGCAAUAUUAAACUUUGUUCUGAAGGUGAAGGUGAAUCAUCUGAUGAUGAUGGAAGCAGUAAUUACAGUUUUAUAUCACUGGAUGAUGAGAUUCUUGUUGAUGAUUCCCGGGAAUUGAGAAUUCCGGGAAUCGAAGUCAAUUCCGGUGAUUUUAUUCCGGGUUCUGGUUCCGGUUCCGGUUCUGAUUUUGAACCCGUGAGUGGUCGAAGACAACGUCGAGCUGUUGAUUAUAGAAAGCUUUAUGAUGAAAUGUUUGGAAAAGAUGCUCUUGCAAAUGAACAAGUAAGUGAAGAUGAAGAUUGGGGUCCCACAAACAGAAAGAGGAGAGAGAAAGAGUCGGAUGCAGCAAGUACCCUAAUGACUCUUUGUGAAACUGAGGACAAAAUGGGAAAAGAUGUUGCUGAAAUAUCAAAGAAUGACACAGAUAGUAAAAGAUCGUUUUUUAGGAUUCCAUCUGAAGCUGUAGAGAAGCUUCGCCUUGUUUUUGCAAAGAAUGAACUUCCCUCUCGAGCUGUUAAAGAAGAGAUUUCCAAUCAGUUAGGUCUUGACCUUGAGAAGGUUAAUAAAUGGUUCAAGAAUGCACGCUACCUGUCUCUAAAAAGGAAGGCAGAAGAUAAGCCAACUCAAAAUGAUGGCCCUUCUAUCUCAAAAGAAUCUGCUAAUAAUGAAAUUUUAUCAGAGAAUAUUCCCACAAAUGCUACAAAGCAGCAUGACAAUGGAGAUUUACUUGUUUCUACUUCAACCAACAUGGUUGACUGUGAUGUAAUUGGUGGGACCCAAAGUGAUAAUCAAGAAUCCACGUCAGCAGAAGCUCAUAUGCAGAAGCUUUGUUAUUUGAAAACAAAGUUGGAAAAUCUACAAAAUAUAUUACUUGUAAGAACACCAAACAGAAGAGCUAAAACAACAGCAGCACAGUCAUCAUCUAUUGACCAUAGCUCCACCAUCUUUGUUCCCAUUGCACACCUCAAGGAAAAACCCUAAAUCACUGCAACAGAUGAGUCUCUUUUUUUUAAAUAGAAAAUAUAUUUUACCUUAAUUGUAACAAGAGCUAAACCAAGUUAAUUUUAUAUUAUGUAGCUUUAUGUACGAAAGAACAAUGAGUUUUAUAAUUAUCUUUUUACAUAUGAAUUUUAUAAAGAUAAAAUGUUACGAAUC